AUGCAAAAAGGGGAAACGUUGUUUUAUGCUAUUCUUCUUUUAAUCCCCAUCGUAGGUACUUGGAUAUACCUAAAAAUUGUGGAAAAUAAAAAAAUAAAAGAGAAAAAAAGUGACUCUUUAGGAGAGGAUGACAUAGGAAGUGCACAGAGGGAAGACCAAAACAAUUGUCAUUCCGUGGUUCAUGAAAAUAAAAAUCUUUCCAGAAGGAAAAUUAGCAGCAUGGAGGACACUGCGUCUUCUUGUUCUCAUCCACACGGGAACAGAUUCGGUGUUACUUCACAGGGCGAUGGAAUGGGAGCUGAUAGGGUGAAGUGUGUAGAGGAGGACGCCUCCUUGUGUAGGUCCGAGGGGGAAAAUGCAAGGGAUAAUUUAUCUAGUGGGAAUUUCAAAAAGGAACCGGAAUUGCUCACCGAGCGGUGCGGUGAGGUUACCACAGGGGAGGAAGUAAUCAAAGUGGAAGAAGCCCCAACUGGGAAGUUCCGAACGGGAGGAUCCCCAAUCGGGGAGGGAUCCCUCGAGCGAAUUUGCCACUAUAACGAAAGGGACAAGUCCGAAGUAGGAGGUGGAGAGGAGGGCAAGAAGAGUCUCGGGAGGGGUAGCGAUAGCACCAUGGAAAGCCUCCCAGGAGUCAGUUAUGUGAAAACAGAAAAGGGCGAUCAAACAGGAGAUGGUGAUAAAGCGAAAGAGGGGGAAUCCGACCAAGUAAACACAAAUGAGGGGGAACCCGAUCAAGUAAACACAAAUGAUAACGACAAAAGAGAAAGUUGCCCGUGGGACAACGAGGAAAAAGCUAAUGGCACAUUUGCGAAGCGGCCAAGCAACAUCACAAAGAGAGAGGAUAUAAAGGAAGAAUUGAGUAAAGAAGACAUGAAUGGCUACGCCAGAAAUUACUACAGUGAUAACUAUAUAAGUAAGGAUGAUUAUGAGAAUUCCAGUUCUCACCUUAGCUCCUCCGUGGACGAUGAUGAUUCAGAAGAGAUAAGCUCCAAUGAGGGCGACUCCGAUAGGAGUGACGACUCCGCCGGUAGGAAGAGCUCAUCCGUCCUGAGUGAAGACUAUGAAGAGGAGGAGGAGGACAGCGAAAUGGAUGAUCACGACGAAGACAAUGACGACGACGAGGACGAUGAUGGGGAGUGCGCGGAUGACCAGGACGGAGGAGGUGGGCAGAGCAUAGAAGAGAUAAAGGACCAAGGAAAUGAGUUAUUCAAAAAGGGGGACUACACACAGGCCAUCUUUUACUACAAUAAGGCUUUAAAAAAAUGCAAGGAGAAAAGUACCAAGUCUAUUUUGUAUUCCAAUAGAGCAGCUUGUUAUUCUCAUUUAGAAAACUGGAAUCAGGUGGUCGAAGACUGUAAUAAGUCCAUCAAUUAUAAUGAAAAUUUUGUGAAGUCCUACAUACGUAGGAGCAAUGCAUAUGAACAGCUGGAAAAAUAUAAUGACGCGUCCAACGACUUGAAUAAAGCCAUAACGUUGGAUUCCUCCUUACUGGCCAGGUACGAAAUGAAACAGAAAAAAUUAAAAUACCUAGCUGAACAGCAAUUAAAUAAAGAAAAGGAAGAAAUGGUGGGGAAAUUAAAGGACUUUGGUAAUUUGCUCCUAGGGAAAGUGGGAUUGUCACUUGAUAAUUUUGAAGUGCAAAAAAAUCCAAAUAAUGAUGGUUCUUUUAAUAUUCAAUUUAAGCAAAAUAAGUAG